CCCAUUCUUGAAAAUGAGGCAGCGCUCUCCAUGGCAACCGCAGUCCUCUAAGGCUGUCGCAGCUAAUCCUCAGGAGCUUACUCAACUCUUAUUUCUGGGGAGAGGUUUUCACUAACAGCACCGAUGCCAGAGAAUUCUCCCCAAACAAGCACUCGAUCCUCUGUUUAUGCUCCGAGGAAAACCUGUAUCCGAGGAGAGAAAACAAAGCUAGACACAGCCGCUGCGAGGGGCUGAGGGGGAGAACGGUAGGCCUGGUUCAUACGGUAAGCUUUUUUUGAAUCUCCUCUAUCUCAGGUGUUACUGUAGUGCUGUGAAUGUUUCAGUAAUUCUGCCCUCUUGUUGCUGGAUUGAUGCGACCUGCGGGGUGUCCAGUGUGGGAGGAUGCCUGGGAAGCUUGGCAAUGUUUUGCUCCGAAUGUUUGAUCCUUGAUGACUCAGAGAUCAUGCACGAUGAGAAAGCCUUAGAUUUGAGAGCGCUGAUGCUUUAUGCCACGGAGGCGCUUUUUAGUCAACAUAUGCACUCACCACAAGCGCAUGAGGAAACUGGUAAAUGUGCAGAUUAUUAUAAAAGCUGCUAUUAACUCACUGAAACUAAAGAGGCGUUAAUCGUCCCACUUUAGACCCACUUUGUUGCAGAUGUUUGCAUUGCUUCACAUUAACCUCCUGAGACUUGGCGUCCUCAUAUGGGGACAUUACGCUUUAGGUUUGUUGCAGCUUCUUAUUCUGCUUGUAUUCAUAAGGAGACACUUUUGCCAUGUGCUGGUAGCGAAGACACUUGUUUAUUUAUGCUUAUUAACGUUUCUAGUUUGAGAUGACAGGAAAAUCUAACAAAUGCACAAGUACUCGUUUGAGGACAUUGGGAUUUCGCCAAUUCAAAUUCUGCUUUUGCAUUAAAAGAAACAGUUUUAUAGUUUGGCACAUAUUGGUGACUUGUACAGUGAAAUAAUGCUUGUGCUCACCUAAUUUUUUUCAAAACCUACUUCAAUUUCAACGAUGAUGCUUAUUUUUUAUACAUCUUAGAUCCUACUAAUCCCAAAUACCUAAAGAUCUUAAUCUUAUCUUAAAGAAAUUAAAGAUACAUUCCAAAUAGGGUCUCAGGAGUUUACUCAUAGGCUCUCCCUAAUUUUGCUCAAUACUAAUUAUUUUCUCUGCAGUCUCCCCCUUCAUGCCCCCUUCUCCCUGCCCCUGUGCUCUCUCUCACUUGCCUGCACUAAUCCUUUUGUUGUGGACUGAGGGGCCCAGGCUUUGGCUUGACCAUUCAGCACUGUAAGGGCUGGUUCAGCUAAAAGGUGCCCACCGAGCCCUCCUGUCCUCCAUCAGACCAGUCGUGCCUAUUAUUAUCGGCUCCCUUAGCAAGAACACGUCUUCUUUUUACGGUGCUUUCCCGGUCGUCAGCGUUCACCUUGAUUCUCUCAGUUUUCUUGUCUAUGUUUUUCUGUCUAUCGCCUCACUGUUGUCUCAGUCCCUAAGCCAGUCUUGGGAGCUUGAGGGUGUUGGACAGCACUGGAAAGAACAUGCACUUCAGGAGCAGUGCUUUAUGUUUGCUGCUGCUGCAUCUCUGUUUGCUGUGGACGGUGCUGGAGGUGAAAGGGCAGAAUCAAGGGUUCCUGCCCGAGGUUCUCAAAGUCUUGGAUCUGCCCCUGGGGAAGCACGAUGAGCCUCGGCUCCAGAAGAACAGGACGAGUGUCCUGAUCGCCACGCUGCUGCGAGCGGUAAACUGUGCCGAGCAGACCGGCUCCUCUCAGGACAUGUGUGAGAAGUGCCUGACACCAGAUGUAGCCCACUCUGUGCUAGAGGAUGAUGGGAAGGCUUACCUCUCAGAGGAGGACUACCAGCGGGUCUCGACUGUUCUGCUGUACUACAUAAUUAACUUGCAAGAUCUGUGUGUUUCAAAUGCCGCUUCCCGUUCCUCCACUUCCUCCUUGUCCUCCUCCUCAUCUGGGAACUUUCAGUUCUAUGUACUGGCCCUCACCAAUCUACAUCCAGCUGAGGACAAUAGCUACCUGUCAUUCAGUGAAACUGAAAGUAUACUGCAGCUCAUCAACCAGCACUACGACCCCACCAAUCAAGAUACCUAUUCUGAUUUACAAUACAUAGAUGCCACUCGUCUCCUAGAAGAUGCUGACAUCAAGGGAGAUCCAGGUGCAGAGGCGUCUUCUGUGCCUAGAGUGGCUGCAGCCAUCAUCAGCCACAUCCUGCAGGAUCACUGUUUCAGAGGGAGGAACCUCCCGUCCCCGGCCUUCUUUACAGACUUUAUUUUUCAAUCUCUUAAUCGGACAAGUGAUCUGCAGAUUAUAGACUUGGAGGCGUUGCUUCAUCAGCUGGGAGUAGGGCAGCAAGCGGCGAUGCACUCUCACAACAGGAAGAGGCGGAGCAUCACGGGAAACUCCAAGAAGGUGGCCGUGCAUUCGCUGGAUGGCUGCAACCAUGGAACUGAGGGAUUAAGCAGAGACUGGUCACAGGCAUGUUUUUCAGCCAAUCAGUUGGUGGAUAUUUUUGCUCUGGGUCCUCAUUUGCCAAUUUCCAAGGAGCACUUCAGACAAAUUUGUCCCGCAAUCAUUCAGCAGUUGCUAGGCAAUGCCUGCGAGCCUGCAGAGCCAAAAACAAGAGGAUCUCUGCCCACUCCUCUCGAGAAAUAUGGCUACAGCACAGCUGCAGUCCUACUCAUCACGGUGGGCUCCAUGUUUGGUAUCUGCCUGAUCUUCUUCAACUCCUGCCAGGAGACCUUCUCACUCAUCCUACAGCUGUUUGUGGGCCUGGCAGUAGGAACACUCUCAGGAGAUGCUCUCCUGCACCUCAUACCACAGGUUCUCGGCCUCCAUGACGACACCCACAGUCACAAUGACGAGCACUAUAUUGAAGACAAAGAAUAUCUGUGGAAGAGUCUGGGCAUUAUCGCUGGGAUUUACGGCUUUUUUCUAAUUGAAAGAAUAUUCUCCUUUUUAGUUCCUUCACAUGGCCAUGGUCACUCCACUGACCUUCCCUUACAGCUGAACUGCAGUGGUCAGUCACAGAGGGGCAAGUCCAUCUCCACUAUACAGCUGGGACCAGUUGAUGACUUGGAGUGUACAGAAAUAUCUCCUGAACAUGUAAUCACUAGGAGCCCUUCACAUCAGAGACAAGGGGUUCCUCUGCUGGCUGUGAUGGUAAUUGUGGGAGACAGUCUUCAUAACUUUGCCGAUGGCCUGGUUGUUGGGGCGGCUUUCUCUUCUUCAGCAGAGACUGGCAUGGCAACCACUGUAGCCAUCCUGUGCCACGAGAUCCCGCAUGAGAUGGGUGACUUUGCAGUGUUGCUCAGCUCUGGCCUCUCAGUGAAGACUGCUGUGCUGAUGAACUUUCUCAGCGCUCUGACGGCCUUUAUGGGGCUCUACAUCGGACUCUUUGUUUCCUCAGAAACAGAAGUGCAGCAGUGGAUCUUCUCAGUCAUUGCUGGGAUUUUUCUAUACUUGUCACUGGUGGAAAUGCUUCCAGAGAUGAGUCGAGUGAAGACAGACAGGCCGUGUCUCAUGUUUCUCCUCCAGAACCUCGGCCUCCUGAUGGGUUGGGCUUGCCUUUUGUUGCUCGCACUCUUUGAACAUGAACUCAAAUUCUAAAUGCGGCGUACGUCUCAUCACACCGGGCUGAGCCGAAGCAAACAUUGACUAGUUCUAGUGUUGUUUUGAAAUGUUCAUUGCCUUUUUCAUAGUCCUCUCAUGCUCGUGACAUUUGCCAGUGUUAGUUUGUGUAGUAUAUUUUAACAGCGAGUGAUUGUUUUCAAGUUGUAGUCUUAGCACUGGAUCAGAAAUAUGUGUUAUGGAUGUAUAGCGGUACGAAGCCUCUCUCUUUUUUUUAUACUCGAUGAUUUAUUUUUGUAUGUCAAGUACAAUGAGUGUCUAAUUUGACCCUUUUACCUUAUUUGGUGGCAGCAGGAGAGAUUGUGCAUAUCUGGUGUCAAACAGUCAUUGCCUGAGACAAUCAAAUGAUUUGAUUAUUUUUCAAUAGAAAAUAUAACGUAUUAUAAUUCUG